AUGUUUAGGGCUAUUCGAUACUGGUUUCUGGGUGUGGAACGGGCCGUUCUGUUUUUGGAACGGGCCGUUCUGAUUGAACUAAACAGGAUGUCUAGACAGAUAAUUCAUGCAGGACCCAUCGAUGAUUCAUUAUUAAGGCUUCAACCAUUCCAUAUAUCUGAGCAUAUAUGGAAUGGAGCUGAGGAUAGGGUUUUGAAGGUUAGAAGUGCAAAACAAUCAGAGUUGCGUGGUGGUGACAUUCCAGCUGUUGUUCAGGAUCUUCUACAGAGGGCUGGUUUUAUGGGGAUGGCGCAGAUUAGUUACUUUCCUGUGGAUAAUCAUUUAAUAUCUGCGUUAGUUGAGCGAUGGAGACCAGAGACCCACACGUUUCACAUGCCCUUCGGUGAGUGUACUAUCACGUUGGAGGAUGUUGCAAUUUUACUUGGGUUGAAGAUCUCUGGGGCACCCAUUACUGGAUACGCGAGUAUGGAUUGA